AUGGCUCGCCCCGCCGCCAACGACCUCCCCUCACAUGCCUCGCCCGUCAUAUCCCCCGUCCCUCGGCCCUCAUCCGCAUACUUGGGCGGCUGGUCCGACCUGGACGACAAUGUCCCUCCGACGCCUGGUCUCCCGAACAAUCUAAUAUCCCCUGCAUUCACUCCUCCCGCCACGCCAGGAGCUGGCACUCCGUCCCGGCAUCUCCAGUCCGAGCCCAAGUCCAUUCCCGUGGACACUUCCCUCGACGACCCAUCCACCAAGCAACCCCGCUUGCUCGAGAAACUACCGCAUGUAGAAUGCCUGGUCCGGGCACGGAUACCGACGACUUCGGGCGCGGAGAUGUUCCUCCACCUCUAUCAGAAUGACUCCGACAACAAGGAGCAUCUGGCUAUUGUCUUCGGCAACAACAUACGCAGCCGCAGUCUGGAUGCCGAGAAGCCCGGUGAAACGGAGAUGGAUCGCAUGAUCCGUGGUGCCUACGUUGGAAGAUUGAGGCCGGGUCGAACGAGUUCGAGAAUAGAUCCUACGGAACCUAGCAAGAGGCCGUUCAACAAACGACAAAGAAGUGGUUCCGCGCUGAAGAACGUCAUAACGGUCCCAGAAGAUGGUGUUCUUGAAACAACACCUGUGUCGGCCGCGAAUGCUUCUCCAGAUGAACAAAGCUCAGAACAGCCACAUCAUCCGAUCGCCAGCCUGGGCGAUGUCCUCGAUAGUGUCCAGAUCAUCAGCCAUUCUCUGGGCAAACCUCCUCUUGUCCGAAUUCACUCGGAAUGCUACACAGGCGAAACAGCCUGGUCUGCUCGCUGCGACUGUGGAGAACAACUCGAUGAGGCGGCCCGGUUGAUGUCCUUACCUGGCUCUACCGGCGGCGUGAUAGUCUACCUACGCCAAGAGGGGCGAGGCAUUGGGCUCGCGUCGAAGCUGAAGGCGUACAACUUGCAGGAUCUGGGCAAUGACACAGUUGAAGCGAAUUUAUUGCUGCGGCAUCCGGCCGAUGCAAGGACUUACGGGCUUGCCACUGCCAUACUGCAAGAUCUCGGACUCGGCACCGAUAGUGAUGAACAGAAACCAGAGGCUGAGAGAGGCAUCAGGCUUCUUACCAACAACCCCGACAAAGUUCGAGCUGUUGAAGGGCCUGGUAAGGAGGUAAGAGUACGGGAAAGGGUCCCCAUGAUCCCAAUUGCAUGGAGGACCGCCGGCGCCAAGGGUGUGCGAGGGGCGGAGAUUGAGAAAUAUCUCGAAACUAAGAUUGGGAGGAUGGGACACAUGAUUCACGAAGAGUCCUAG